AUGCGCAAGGAGCGCAUUAGAUCUGUGCCUUCAUGGCGUGGAGGUCCUGCCCGCCGGGACUGUGUCUUUAUUUUGGAUGAUGACACUCAGCCUGGCUUUCUUGGGUUGCUUGCAGCUCGUGUUCUUCUUCUGUUUUCUUUCAAGGACAUAGAUGGUGUGGAGUAUUCUUGUGCUCUUGUCUCCUGGUUUCUGCCUACUUCUGAUCAUCCAUGUGAAGAGACAGGGAUGUGGACAGUGGAACCUCAGGUGGAUGAGUUUGGACAUCAGACUGUGUCUGUUAUCCAUCUUGACUGCAUUCUACAGGCUGCACACCUUAUUGGUGUUGCUGGUAAAGAUUCUAUUCCCACUAGGCUCAAACAUACUGAUAGUUUAGAUGCAUUUACUGCCUUCUAUGUAAAUAAGUAUGCUGACCAUCAUGCACAUGAAAUUGCCUUCUAA